AUGUGGUUUGUUCCAAACUUGGAGAUCGUGAUGGGCCUUAUGGCUCUAAUUGCAAUCGCAGUUUCCCACUGGAAGUACAAAUGGAGAAUUCGUUCUAGUGGUGGAAAGCUCCCUCCUGGUUCCAUGGGGUUUCCCCUCAUAGGAGAGACCAUUGAGUUCUUCAUGCCUAGCAAGUCCGUUGACAUACCUCCUUUCCUCAAGAAAAGGACUAAAAGGUACGGAACGUUGUUCAAAACGAACGUGGUGGGUCGACCGGCAGUGAUAUCGGCAGAUCCUGAUUUCAAUAGAUUCAUUCUUCUUGAAGAAGGGAAAUCAGUAGAAAUGUGGUACUUAGAUGCAUUUGCCAAGCUCUUAGGUCAUGACACUACUACAGACUUAGAAGUUAAGACGAAUGUAACUGGGUACAUACACAAACAUGUAACUAAUGUGAUCCUAAAUCACUUUGGUCCUGAGAGACUCAAAGAUAAGCUCCUUCCUCAACUUCAAGCCAUGGCAGAGAAAACCUUAAAUGCUUGGUCAACUCGAGAAUUUGUAGACGUGAAACGUGAUUGUGCCAUGAUGAUAUUUAAUUUGACUUCAGAACUUUUAUUUAGCUACGAUGCCGAGAGAACAGGGGAAAAUCUAACGGGGGACAUCAGCAGACUCUAUCAAGGUCUUAUGUCUCUCCCAAUAAACAUUCCUGGCACGACCUUUCACGAGAGUUUAAAGAGUCAAAAGAAGCUGUUGAACAUCAUUGAACGGGAGAUCACCGAAAGAAUUGCAUCACCUGGAAUACGCAAAAGAGACUUGCUUGACCAUCUCCUGGAGGACAUGAAAACUCAGACGUUUCUCACGCGUGAUUUCAUUACCUACCUGAUGGUUGCGCUUAUGGUUGCUAGCCUCGAAACAGUUUCCACUGGUUUAACCAUGACCAUAAAGCUUAUCACAGAAAGCCCUCGAGCGGUUCAAGAACUAAUUGUGAUCAAUGAGUCGUUCAGAUUGGCUAGCAUUUCGCCCGGCAUUGUUAGAAGAACACUUAAAGACAUUCACUGGAAUGGAUACAUAAUCCCUAAAGAUUGGACGAUUAUCAUGGUUCAAACUGGUCUACAUCUGAACCCAGAAGCUUUUGUAGACCCCCUACACUUUAAUCCCUCAAGAUGGAAGCAACAGGAUAUCGAAAAAGUGAGAGCGAAUUAUUAUAUACCGUUUGGAGGGGUGGGAGGCCAUGCGCUGGAGCUGAAUUUACCAAAGCUGUGUAUGCUGUAUUUCUCCAAGUUCUGGUGGGUAAAGGUAAAGGGAGGAGAAGUUGCACGGACUCCCAUGUUGGAUUUCGGAGGUGGUUUUCAUAUUAAGGUCUCUAAGAUUCAAGAAUAA